AAACGAUUGAAAAUAUAAUAUGACACCGAAGUUGCAAAUUAGCAAUAACCAUGAAGCGGUUGGUGGUGUUAUCCGCCCUUGUAGCGUUGUGCGCUGGAACCGCUAUUCCUCUAGUGCCAGGGGAUAACAGCCAUUAUGUCGAGGGCGAAAGCCGGUAUAUCUGGAUGCCUGAUGGCGAUGGAAAUCCCCAUCUAGUAGACCUGCAGGAACCAGUGGAUGAAGCUUUUUUGCGCAAUAAAAACGGCGCCAAUAAUCAGUACUGGCUCUAUACCAGAUGGAAUCCCACCAACCCGCAAGUAAUUGUUAAUGGCAACGCUAACACCAUUUGGUCUUCUAACUACGUCGCCAGUCGCCCGUUAAAGGUUAUCGUCCACGGAUGGAACAGUGAUGGAAACAGUGCCAUCAACCCUCUAAUUAGAGAUGCCUUUUUGGCCAUUUCUGAUGCCAACGUUAUCGUUGUGGACUGGCGAGCUCUGGCUAACGGUCUCUACGCUACUGCCGCCGCUGGUGUUCCUAAUGUUGGACAACACCUUGGAAAUUUCUUGGUGUGGCUGAUCAAUACCGCUGGUGGAAACUGGAAUAAUGUCCACCUGGUUGGAUUCAGUUUGGGAGCUCACGUCGUCGCCAACGCUGGCCGCACUGCAGGCGGGCGGCCAGUGCGAGUAACUGGCCUAGACCCUGCUGGUCCACUGUGGAGUGGAAACAGUAACGCUAUAAGUGGCAACGCUGGUAUCUACGUUGAAUGUAUUCAUACCGAUGGAGGUCUUCUCGGUAUCUUUAACCCCAGCGGCAACGCUGAUUUCUAUCCCAACGGUGGCAGAAACCCCCAGCCCGGCUGCUGGAUUAGCACCUGCUCCCACAGCCGUGCCUACGAGCUGUUCGCCUCCACUGUCCGUCACAACCAUCUGAAUGGCCGACUAUGCGGCAACAUCAACCAAGCUCAAAAUAACCAGUGCUCGGGAGGCACAUUCCAAAUGGGCAACGGUGUUCUUUCAAAACAAGGAUAUAUAGGGGUAGGCAAAGUUAGAUGGCAGGCGCACUUCGCCCCCUUCACUUAUGCCCUGAGGAUUUUGCAUUUUAAUACCGGAGUAGCUAUGAAGCUUCUAGUGGUUUUUAUUUCCGCUGUAGCAUGGUGUGCCUCGGCCAGUAAUGAAAUUCUUACGCCUGGGGAUAAUAGCCACUAUGUCGACGGUGAGAGCCGAUAUAUUUGGAUGCCCGACGGCGAUGGUAAAAAUCAUCUAGUAGAUUUGCAGGAGCCAGUCGAUUAUGCGUUACUAAAUUCCAGAAAUGGAGCAAACAACGCGUAUUGGUUGUAUACACGAUGGAAUCCUAAUAAUCCACAAGUAAUCAUCCACGGUAACGCUAACUCCUUGUGGAGUUCGAACUACGUAGCCAGCCGACCUUUAAAAGUCAUCGUUCAUGGCUGGAACGGUAGCGGCAACUCUGGCUUGAACGGUGUCAUUACAUCUGCUUUCCUGGCCGUGGAAGAUGCCAACGUUAUUGUAGUGGACUGGCGCACGCUUGCUGGCUCAAACUACAUCACCGCAGUGGCAGGUGUUCCCAGCGUUGGGCAGGCGCUUGGCGACUUCGUGGUUUGGCUUAGAAAUACUGGAGGAGGAGUGUGGACAAACGUACACUUAGUUGGAUUUAGCUUAGGGGCUCAUAUUGUUGGUGUAGCUGGACGCCAAGCGGGUGGACGACCUGCCAGAGUGACUGGGUUGGAUCCAGCUGGUCCUCUUUGGCAAACUAACUCUAAUGCUAUAAAUAGCAACUCCGGCGUUUAUGUAGAAGGCAUCCAUACUGAUGGCUAUAUUCUCGGUAUCUUUAAUCCCAUUGGUGACGCUGACUUUUAUCCCAACGGUGGCAGAAGCGUGCAGCCAGGAUGUCCCGAUAGCUCCUGUUCACACGAACGAGCUCACUCCCUCUUUGCGUCUAGUGUUUACUUCAACCAUUUUGUUGGGCGGCUCUGCGGUAACCUAAACCAGGCCCAAAACAAUCAGUGUACUGGUGCGCAGUUCAACAUGGGGAAUAGUAACGUAAAUAAACGAGGGAGCGGUAUUUACGGUCUGACAACUGGUUCUUCUUGGCCUUACUGAGUCGUUAGUGAAUCAAAGGGUUGAUCGAUGGAAGAUAUGACGAGAAAAGAAAGAGAAAAAGAGAGAGAAAAUAAAUAUUUUUGGAAUGAAA